CAUUUUGUGCGCUCGUUCUAGUGUUCUUGGCGACGUUUGCGCGACUGUGCUCCGUUGGCCUUUCUCUUGCUUUCUCUAUAGGCCGUGGAGGGGUCUUUGUGCUGCACAGGGGCUAGUGAGGCAUAGGGAGCUUACUGUGUGUGGGCUGAGGGUCAGAAGAUAUACCUGUAGUAGGAAAAUGGGAAUUAAGAGGAUUUGUAUGGACUGAGGGGGGCUGAAGUACUUUAAUGUAGCUCAGGGAGCAGUUUAGGCUCUGAAGACUUGUGGUUUAUAAAGAAUUUUGUGGUACUACUCAUUAACAUUUUAGAUCCAGUGUGAUCAUAGAUAGUACAGCAGCUGAGCCAGGCUUAAGAGCUCCUCUUUCUUUAGUUUUGUGAGUGGUGUCAUUAAUUUAAUGGUAGCCGGAGUCAACUGAUGUAAAAUCUUUAAUGUUUACAACACAGCAGUGCCCUUGUUGAAGUUGAUAUUGCUGUAAAUCAAAACACACUGUAAAGGUCCAAGGCCCUAGCAGCACUACAAUGGCUUGUGCUGAUAAAAGGCACUUGUAAUUCAGGACUAAGAUAACCACCGGUAGAACCAAAGAACAGAGCUUGUUCUGUUUACGAGCCUUCCUAACCAUCAGCAAUUUACAGAUUUGCUUAUCUGUAGUUCAUCGUGUUCAGUGUUAAGAUGCUUGAUUACAUGCAGGUGUUCCUGUUACUUAUCUAAGUGUAAGCCUUUUGAACUUUAUCAUUUUUUUUAUUCCUUUCAAGUAGGCUGUUCAUUUUUGAUGUAGCAACAGACCUUACAGACUUUGCUCUUAGAACUUGCACUGCUGAAGUCCAUGUGUCUUUAUAUCUAAGAGACAAUCCCUUUAGUAAGUAGAUAAAACAGAUGCUUAGUCUCUGUAGCAGGUAAGGGGUAACAUCUGCCAGCUUUAUUGACUGAUGCAUUUUUUGCCUCAUUCUCAGCUGCAAUGCCUGCAGAUCCUCUUGCUAUUCUGGUGCAGGUGAAAAAGUGUUCUUGUGGUAGGUUGCCACAGAUUUUAAGUUUGGGGGAAAUGUAGAAUCUCUGGUGUCAUCUUCGGGUUGAGCAUGGAGUCAUCUGAGGGCUGGGAAUCUGACUUCUCUCCCUCACUUCCUGCUGCUGUUAAUUCCUCCUACACCAAAGCCACUGUUAGCAUUGUGUGAGGAACCACCCGUGCUUUUUGGGUGUGAAUCCUACAUUGGUUUCACUCUGUGGCCUCAGUGUUUGCCUGUGCUUGUGGAAGAGAACCUGUAUAUAAACUGCUGCCUUUGGGGAGAGGUGUGCUUGCAAAGGCUCUGCUCUCUGAAGGAGAGAGCUGAUUUUAGCCUGACGUGGAACUGUCAUUUAAUGCCCUGCUCUGAUUUCCUGCUGCUGUGCUAACAAAUGCUAAUUUGUAGCCCCAAGAAAUUAUCACAGGAUUGUCUUGUUGAAAGCAAUUGACCCUGUCAGUUUAUCAGUACCCAACAGUGAGUGCAAGAUCCUGUUCUUUGACCCUUCUUCAGCUCUCUUGCCAUAUGCUCAUCAGUUGCAAUUUGAAGGAGCACUAAAAAUGUAAUUAAUGCACCAUUCAGAGGUGACAGAGCCACAGCAGAAAGUCUGUUGUUGCUUGUGAAACGGAUAGAGAACACUUCCUCAUCUUUCUUUCCUACCUCUACUAUCCAACCUACAGGCUGUUGGAGGAUGGCAUUUUGCUUUUCUGGGCUCAAAACACAUCAGUGUAUGUUGUGUCUCUUCAUUAACUGCCCAGGGAAGGGCCAAUGGGGUUGAGUGGUCCUGAGUUGCUCUUGUGCUACUAGUGAGGCCAGAAUUUGGAUGCCACAAGAGGCACCAGGAGGUCAGUGGGCAUCAGAAGCUGCUUUUGAAGAAGAAUGGGUGUGUGAGGAGUCUCCUGUUAAAUACCUGCUGCAGAACCACACUCAGGUGCCAGCUAGGCAGAAAUCAUGGCUUUGGAUGAGUUUCAUAAGGAGUCAUAAAAGCAGGACGUAGUUAUUUUUUGAUUCAAGAGAAUUUAGAGUGUUGGAUUUAGUGAUAUCAGAGUAAGGAACAACACUUUUGUUUUCUUGUGUAAGAGGAAAAGGAACACUGUUUUUUAGAGAAUCAUAGAAUCACAGUUAUUACUGUGAUAAUUUCUUGUGGCUAGAAAUCAGCAUUUGUUAGCGCAGCAGGAAGGAGUCAGAAGAGGACAUGGAAUAGUGACAGUUCCAAAAAUACCACAUCAUCAAGACUUGCAUUUGAAGUUGCUGAGAACAGAAGCCAUUGAUUUUAGCUGAUCAGGGUAAUGGGUUCCUUCUCUAGAGGUCCCUACCAAGCCCUGUGAUUUGGGGCUGUUGCUUUGCUGGACUGGAACCACUGAUGUGCCAGUGGCUGGGUGUACUCAUCUUCUAUUCCAAGCCUGUAGAUAGUGGCAGGGCUGGGCUAGUCCUGUAGGGUUGAGACCUGUUUCUUCCUCCCCACCUGGAGUGGCUCUCCCAAGUUCUCAUACAGACUGUGCUGUUUGGAUGAGAACAAUGCAGGGCACGCUGCAGGUCUCAAUAUCUGAGCCAUCUGACUGGAAGUGUGCACAGCCUCCUUCCUGCAGGAACACGAUACCCAGCUGGAAUGCCUACAUAAGCCUUGUUUAUCAGGAAGGGGCUUUGUGAUCUGCUGUAGCAGGAAACAGACAGUGCUGACCUUGAAGCAUGUUAGUCAUCUGAUGCUGUGAAGGUUGGUGUUGUUUGGGAAGAUUGUCCUGUUUCUUGAAGGUGUCAGUGGCGAAGAUCAAACGUGGGGGAUUCAGUCAGUGUUGUUGAUGCAGACAGUGCAGGGACAAGCAUACAUGGUAUGCAAAGGCAGUAUUGCAGACCUUGAGUGAAGCGCGUCAAGCUGUCUGCACUACAGCUGAGACCCUUAAAGCAGCUUUGUCCCUUCAGUCAAUAUAAAAUGUGUGUUCAGAUAUAUAAAAUGUAAAAGGUGUUCAGAUGGCUCUGAACAGUGGCAGAGGGCUUUGUAUUGUCAUACUUCACUUCUGGGGUUUCUUCCUUACUAUAAUCCCAGCAGAUGGUUAUCCAUUCUUUUCUGGCUUACCUGGUAAUUAUUGUCCUGCAUGCGUUCUUUAGGCCUAUAGAGAUCAAGGCUGGUUUUGGCAUGGGUGAACACAGAAUCUGCUCUCCUUUCUAAAGCUGUUAUAUCAACAUAGAAAAGAUCUGACAAGCAUAAAUUUCCAUAGUAUUUUGAGUGAGGCCUUGGAGAAGGGGAUUUUUGAGAUACUAAAUGUGGUCUGCGCGGAAUUUGUGUAGAAGGUUGUAUAGAAGAUAUUUUUUGUGUCCACUGGCUUUGUGCAGAGCAGUUUCCUACAGCUGAGAGCUGUCUAGGCUGCCAGGCCCUGAGAAUGUGAGGCUUGAGACCAAGUGUCUUAUCUUACAUUUGUCAGUGAAAGAUAGUAGAUUAAACUGCUGAAUGAUGAACCAGAAGGAGGAACAAAAGGAGACUGGGAAUCCAUGAGUGGAACUGGAUGGGACUGUUGGGAUCCAGUGCAUCUCUCUGUAGGCUGUUAUCUGUUAAUUACAGAUGGCAGUGUCAGUAUGAAUUUAUGUUUUUCAGCAGAUCUGGUGGCUUCUCGUGAGAUGAUGGAAGAAAGGUCUCUGGGGCUGUCUGUAGUCUUUAGAAUUGAUUCCAAGUUUGGCUUUUGAAAUGCUAGAGUUGGCCACGGUCCACUUCAUUUCUGUAAUAGCUGAAAGCAGUUCUUGUUAAUUGGCCCAAUUUUAUCUGAAUGAUAAUAAUUUAGGCUGCAGAGGACAUCAGGAGGGCAUCUGGUUUAGCCACGUGCUCACAGUGCAAAUAACUACACUUUUACAGUCCCAAGAUGAGCAAAAAAAUCCAUUUCAGACAAAGCAAAUGGGAUCAGUUUCCCUCAGCCUGCAGUAUGACAGCACUGAGCUGUGUGCAGUCUGUAUUUAUAGUGGGGAAGGUUUAGUCAGUCUCAAGAGUGGGCGUUAUUAUUAUGAGAGAUGUUAGAACACUCGUCUAGCUGUUAGCUUUGGGAUGUGGAACCAGACUUGGUUCUCUUCCCUGCGACGUGGACAGGAUUAUUAAUCACCGCACUCACAGUGCUGAAGACACGCUCACAUGACUCAAGUGACACUAGGGCUGGAGCUUGGCAAGCGGUUCUUUCUGCAUGCAUCUCACAUGUUGCUUGGCGUGGUAUUCACCUCAGUGUGUUGGUGUCUGUAACCUUCUUUCAAUUGAGAAGUCAUCCUAUUUUCCCUUUAUAGUUAGAGGAGCCCAGAAGGUGGUUCAGCUGAUCAGAUGAAGACACUCUGGAGUAGAUCCCUCUUGAGAGAACUAAGAAAGGAUGCAGGUAUGGUGUUGAAGUCUCUCUUCAGGCUGUGUUUGAGGAAGCCAACUUUUAUAGUGCAUCCAUAGGAAGCGUCUCCACUACAGCCUUUCACCACGCAGGAGAGAGACUGAAGAUGUAGGCAGCUGGCAAAUGUGAAAGCGAUGAAGAGGUGUUGUGAGGCUGACGGCGCUUUUUAUAGAGCGUGUGUUUUCUGGGAAGGACGUAAGAAGGGAGAUAAACAAGUGAUGACUGUGGCAAGCUGAGAAAUAGCUGCGGCAGACCAAGAUGUGCCAAAGAGAAGAUCCCUGCAAAAAGGUCCUCAUCUUCCAUCAGCCACCAGCUGACCACAUUGUAGCAGUGUAGGUGUUGCCAUGAGGACCAGGAGGUGUCCUGUCUGCUUUGCUGUUUAUCUUUUGGUCCUGCUGGGCAAACACCAGAGAGAGUCCAAAUAUGUGGGUGGAGCACAUGUUUUAAGAGAGCUGUCAAGCCAGUUGCUGUACAUACAUGCAUCUGUGUAAAAGUACUCCAAGUCCUGGGGCCUACGUGGCACUGCGUGGAUGUAAGAACUGCUGCAUUUGUUGGUUUAGACCCUACUUGUUGAGAGAUGAUGCUCCGACGAGGAUUUCUUUUAUUUGUCCCUCGACUUGUAGGCCUGCUGGUGGUGGCCUGUUGCUCUGUGUCCAUCGUUUAUAUGUUGGCUUGCACACCCAAGGGUGAUACUGAGCAGCUCGCCUUGCCCAGGGUGCAUGGUCCAACUGCAAAGGAGGGAUAUGAAGCUAUUCUGCAGGAGCGAGAAGAACAGCACCGCAACUACAUCAUUAGCUUGAAGAAACAAAUUGCCCAGCUGAAGGCUGAACUCCAAGGCAAAAGCGAGCAGCUUAAGAGCAUGCAGGAUCAGAACCCAGAUCCCCUGAACAUUCGUCUUGACCACAGUAACCCAGAGAAGGCCCAGGUUAAUCUGCUGGCUUUUCUCCGUGCCCAGAUAGACAAAGCAGAGGUGCACAGCGGUGUUAAGCUGUCCACAGAGUAUGCAGCUGUACCCUUUGAGAGCUUUACCCUGCAGAAGGUGUACCAGCUGGAGACAGGACUGACACGCCACCCAGAAGAGAAACCUGUAAGGAAGGAUAAGCGAGAUGAGCUGGUAGAGGUGAUCGAGUUAGCUGUUGGGAAUUUGAACAGUCUGGAGGGAGACAGCAAUAAAAAGCACCAUGUAUACACAACUUCUGACUUUGUUGAAGGGAUCUACCGCACAGAAAAGGACAAAGGCACAUUGUAUGAGCUGACUUUUAAAGGGGACACAAAACAUCAGUUCAAGAAGGUCGUUCUAUUUCGGCCAUUUGGUCCAGUAAUGAAAGUGAAAAAUGAAAAUGUCAAUAUGGCUGACACACUUAUUAAUGUGAUUGUGCCGUUGGCCAAGAGAGCCAGCAAGUUUCGUCAGUUCAUGCAGAAUUUCAGGGAAAUGGGCAUUCAGCAGGAUGGGAGAAUUCACCUCACAGUAGUUUACUUUGGAAAAGAACAAGUGAAUGAGGUCAAAUCUAUACUUGAAAAUACCUCCAAAUCAACCAAUUUCAAGAACUUCACUUUUAUCCAACUGAAUGAAGAGUUUUCCAGGGGCAAAGGAUUAGACAUUGGUGCUCGAGUUUGGAAAGGAAGUAACGUUGUUCUCUUUUUUUGCGAUGUGGACAUAUACUUCACAGCUGAAUUCCUGAACUCCUGUAGAUUGAACACACAGCCAGGAAAGAAAGUUUUUUAUCCUGUACUUUUCAGCCAAUAUAAUCCCACUAUAAUUUAUGGCCAUCAAGAUUCCAUCCCAUCUUUAGAACAGCAGCUGAUUAUUAAAAAAGAAACUGGAUUUUGGAGAGACUUUGGUUUUGGAAUGACUUGCCAAUACAGAUCUGAUUUUAUCAACAUAGGUGGCUUUGAUCUGGACAUUAAAGGCUGGGGUGGUGAAGAUGUACAUCUGUACCGCAAAUACCUUCACAGCAAUCUCAUCGUGAUCAGAACACCUGUGAGGGGUCUCUUCCAUCUCUGGCAUGAAAAACAAUGUCUGGACGAGCUGACCCCAGAGCAGUACAAAAUGUGCAUGCAAUCCAAAGCCAUGAACGAGGCUUCUCACGGCCAGCUAGGGAUGCUUGUUUUCAGACAAGAGAUUGAAACUCACCUCCACAAACAGAAACUGAACAGUAAGAAGACCUGAAGCCAGAAAUAUGCUAACAGGAAAUGGGUUAAGACUGAAAGAGAAUGGAGAUUUCAACAGGCUGGCAGCAAAAGCAGAUGAGGGAAAGUGCGUGUCCGCACUUCUGGUUUUUCUUAAUAGGGCUUUAAAAUUCUCCAUUAGCCUGUCCAGCACUUGCUUCCAGGGGAGAUCUGAGCACUUGAUGAGAUUAAUGGUAAUGGAGACAACCAACAUUUCACAAAUACCAGUGUGAUACAGUAACAAAGGAUAUGCUCUUCCAUUGGAACGUUUGUAAUGUGCAUGCAGCUGUUAAAUAGAUUGACACUUUGGUGGAUCAAUAAUAAUGAGCUGUUUUCUGCAUAUCUAAAGCAGGCUGCGUUUAAAAACCUAGAGUUCCUGCUCUGGAAAGGAAAUCUGAUUGUUAACAGUGGUUAAGCUGGAGUGACCAAAAGUCUUUUUUCCUUUUUGGAACUUGGGUGGAGGUACAGCUGUGGUUUACUUACAGGGUUAUUCAUCAGUUGAUUCAGUGAUAAGGGGUAUCUCAGUGCUUUCUAAAAUUCAGAAAAAGAAAACCCUGCCAAUCAACUGUGAUAUUUCCAGAACAUGUGAGGCUAGUAUUGACUCCAUUUUGCGCUCAGAAAACCAAAAGCAAUCGACUGUGUCUGUGUCACAUGAGUCAGAUGGUGUCUUUCUGCUUUAGAAUACUGUAAGUAUUUCAAUAUUCUUUUUUUUUUUUUUUUUUUUUUUAAUGGAUUUGGUUUUGCCUGGGAAUUAUGUUGUCAAUACUUUCAGUUUUCAAAUUCUAGCCUUACUAGGAAACAGUACAACGUUCCAAUGCUUGGAAAAUGCUCUGCAGAUCUGUUUUUCCUGGAUGGGAAUUUGGUUUGGAUAAGCAAAUUGAUUUUACUGUAGAAUCUGUGUGCUGGAAGGAGGAACAUUUACGCUGGAGAAGAGGAAACGUAUUUCAACUUGGAUUUAGCAGGAAACUUUCUGAAUGCCAGUUACAAAUAUUAAUGAAAAUGUUCUGACUUUAUACCAAAGUAUUCAUUCUAAACCAAAUCUAGACUCUUGCCCAGGGCAUAGCAGCUUUUUGUAAUUAACAAAAUAAAAUUUUUUGAUGAAUUACCAAACCCUGGAAAUUUUCUUAUAGUAAUUGUGUGUUCAUAAAAUUAUCUGUCUUAAUAGAUUUUUUUUUUUCAAUGA